ACAAAAUCUGAAGCUUCUUCUGAUAUAUUCACUUGCAGCCCAACAUUCUAGAGUAAGAAAAUGAUGGUUUUUGAAAAAGUCUUGUUUUUGACUGUGUCAUUAUUGGUUGUUGUGGCAAGUGUUUUGAGUUAUCCACAAGAAACCACUGAGAUAACUCCAAAACCAGCUGUAUGGAAUGGUCCAGCAAGCAUAUCCCCAAGUGUUGCAUAUCCGCAUAUGACAAGUGCGAAUUAUUCAGAAGAAAGAACUAAAAUCCCACCACAAUAUCCUGGAUUGAAUGUUCCUUCAGACCAAGGGAUGGCAUUCGGUAUCGCAAGCGUUCCCAAUUUUCCUUGUCCUGGAAACCAAAUAAGAGACUUACAAGGAAGCUGCAGAGGGUCUUAUUAGUAUCUACAGCAUCAUUUUGUAAUAUAUCUAUUAUCUACACAUUUUGUAAUACAUUACGUAAUUUUUUUUUCAUCCAAACUACAGUUCGUUAAAUAACGGCGUCAUGGCGGCAUUUGAAAUGGGAAUCGAUCGUUCAAAACAUGUAUUAUCAUCUUCAUUUUUAUUUUGACUUCCGUUUCAAAUGCUACCGUGACGCUGUUUUUUUUCGAUCGAUUUGUACACAUAGAAUAAAUUAAAUAAGACCAGCUUA